UGAGGUGAAUAUUGAUGAUUGUCCGAAUCACCGCUGUCAGAAUGGAUGUGGAUGAAUGCAGACUGACAAACCCCUGUCAGAAUGGAGGCACAUGCAGUAACACGAGCAACAGCUACAACUGCGUAUGUGUGAACGGCUGGAGUGGCUCUGAAUGCUCUGAAAACAUUGAUGACUGCGCAACUAAGGCCUGUGCUGCUGGCUCCGCUUGCAUCGACCGCGUGGCUUCCUUCAGUUGCAGCUGCCCUCCUGGCAAGACUGGUUUGCUGUGUCGUAUUGAUGAUGCCUGCACCAGUAACCCAUGCAAGAUGGAAGCUCUAUGUUACAAAAAAACCCUUUUAUAAAGAAUAUCUCUUUGGAUUUGAAACUUUAGUCUUUGCAACUUUAUAGAUCUUCUUUUUGCACCAAGAGCUUGCAAAAAAAUAAAAUCGCAUCAUAUCACCCCUUAAGAAAGUUACAGACAGAGUCUCAAAUGACGAUAAGUUCACGCUGUGUGUUAAAGAUUGUUGGAUCCGACACUGACACAUCUGUUUUAUGAACUACAGGGAAGUUUGUCUGCACAUGUCCGAAGUGUAAAUGAAAGAGUAAAAGUGUUUUUCUGUAUACUGCAUGUCUUUGUGAAAUCCCUCCUUUCUUAUGUGGUGCAGAACAGUAUAAAGCAGU